AUGCUGAGUUCAGAUCUGUUGCUCACGCACUACGACCCGACGCUGCCGAUCGUUGUUGCUGCAGAUGCUUCCAACCACGGAGUUGGUGCCGUCAUCUCACAUACUUUUCCUGAUGGGUCUGAAAAGGCGAUCAUGCAUGCAUCUCCCACGCUAACCCCUGCGGAGAAGAACUAUGGGCAAAUAGAGAAAGAAGCUCUAGCCCUCGUGUUUGGCGUCAAGAAAUUUCACAAACUGUUGUACGGUCGCCACUUCACGUUGUUGACGGAUCACAAACCAUUGCUGUCAAUCUUCGGUUCGAAGAAGGGCAUUCCCGUCUACUCAGCCAGCCGACUUCAGCGAUGGGCAACCAUCCUUCUUGGCUACGACUUCGAUAUUCGCUACUGUCGUACUACAGACUUUGGUCAGGCUGACGCCCUUUCUCGCCUCAUCAGCAAUCAGCAGGAACCGGAGGAAGAUACCGUGAUUGCAGCUAUUUCGAUUGAGGACAGUGUGCGCCGUCAGCUAUCAGACGCCAUACGAGGUAUCCCUGUCACUGCCGCGGACAUCCGACGUGCUACUGAACAGGAUCCUGUCCUCCGCCAGGCCAUCACCUACGUGCAGACCUGCUGGCCAACCACUGCUCUCGCUGGCGAUCUUCGCCAGCUCUUCCUCCGCCGAGCAUCGCUACUGUGGUUGACUCCUGCCUCAUGUUUACAGACCGUGUGGUGA